UGUAAAAAAACUAAGGCGAAUUCCGCUUCUGGAAUGGCGGUGCACGACGAUUGUAAACUCAAAUUUCUGGAGCUGAAGGCAAAGAGGACCUUCCGGUUCAUCAUUUUCAAUAUCGAUGAGACAAAUCAACAAGUGACCGUGGAGAAGCUAGGCCAACCGGACGAGAGUUAUGAGAACUUCACUUCAUCCUUGCCGGCUAAUGAAUGUCGUUAUGCGGUCUUUGAUUUCGAUUUUACUACGGAUGAGAACUGUCAAAAGAGCAAGAUCUUUUUUAUAUCUUGGGCACCCGAUACCUCGAGGGUGAGAAGCAAGAUGUUAUAUGCCAGCUCAAAAGAUAGGUUCAAGAGGGAACUUGACGGGAUCCAAGUGGAGCUCCAAGCAACUGAUCCAAGCGAAAUGAGUUUCGACAUCAUCAAAAGCCGAGCGAUAUAA